UAAACUUCAUCAAUAGCUGCACUGACUGAUGUCCGCGUCCGUCCUCCUCGUGCGCACCGGAGUGCAGAAGUCACGCAAAGACAGCUUGGUUCGACUUGAAUCCGCAAACAGGGACAAUGACAGGGAAUCACUGGGGAUACGGAAAAGAGAACGGUCCUUCUGUAUGGCACAAAAACUACCCUGUUGCCCAGGGGAACCGGCAGUCUCCCAUUGACAUCAUACCUCAACAGGCUUCACAUGACUCCAGUCUGGGCCCAAUCGUCCUGAACUACGAUCAGUGUACCUCCAUCAACAUCGCCAAUAAUGGACACUCUGUAGUUGUAGAGUUUGAUGACUCGGACGACCGUUCAGUGAUCCGGGGGGGCCCUCUUGACAACCCCUACAGACUGAAACAGUUCCACUUCCACUGGGGCGGAAAGGGCUGCCACGGCUCUGAGCACACUGUUGCAGGAAUUAGCUAUGCAUCUGAGCUUCAUUUAGUACACUGGAAUGCUGUCAAGUACAAGACAUUUGGGGAGGCUGCAGCAGCUCCUGACGGCCUCGCUGUGCUCGGCAUCUUUUUAGAUACAGGUGACGACCACAGAUGGCUCCACAUGAUAACAGAUGUUCUGUACAUGGUGAAAUUUAAGGGCAGUGUGACAGAUUUCAAAGGUUUCAACCCCAAGUGCCUCCUACCCAGCAGCCUCCACUACUGGACUUACCUGGGAUCGCUGACCACACCCCCCCUACAUGAGAGCGUCACCUGGAUCGUCCUGAAGGAGCCGAUCAUCGUAUCGGAAAAGCAGCUGGGCAAGUUUAGAAUGCUUCAGUUCACUGGAGAGGAAGAGGAUCAGAGGCUACGCAUGGAAAACAACUUCAGGCCUCCUCAGCCUCUCAAAGGCAGGAAAGUACGCUCCUCCAACUAAUGUGACCUCAACAGAUCUGAAGUCCUAAAUAACAGCCGCUCUUGUAGACAACAGUGAAUGCAUUAAUUUGAGUGUAAUUUAUACCUCAUGGUAGCUUGUCAUGAGGAGGAUUUCUGAUUUACAUUUAUACAGAAGGAAAAAGUUCAAGGAGUAAUUCUCAUCACUGCCAGCACAUAGAGAUGCAUGUUUCCCUCUACUGGUCAGAAGCUUGACUACCAGAGGGAGGAAUCAGUUUUUGAAUGAUUUAUGGAAAAAUAAAAGGAUGUUAUGAAGCAAUAUAAUAUAAGUAGUCAGCAAAUUUAUUAUUUGAAUACUACUAUGUGGUAUUUGGUGAUAUUAUCUUAUUAUUAUGAGCUGUACUUGUUCCUCCACAAGAUGUUCAAGGACAAGUGUUGCUGAGGCAACAGGGUGCUACAUAAACUAGCAGCAAACUCUUCUGAUGAUGAAGAUGCUGUUCUAUGCAAUGAGUAAGUCUGUACAUGAGUACAGUCUGUUGCUGAUUGCAAUCACACCUCUCUGCCGCCUGCAGAUUCACAGCCUUCGCCUCCUUACUGAUCCCAAUUGAUCCCCUGAUGAUCCUAGCCUAUUGCUGGUGGAUUCCCAGUCCUUCUGGCCAUAGAGCCCUUCCAGUCCAGCAAUCCCAACUGGAGGUGGGAUAGGAUUAGUUCUGCAUUUGCUUUAACUGGUCUGUUUGGCCAUGACAUAGGGCAUGUAAGUCUCAGGUCCUUUAGAGCUCAAGAGACUGAGAUAUUCACCCCCAGCAGGAUGCUGUAUUAUUUUUAGCAUGCUCUCCAGAUUUAACAAAAACCCAACCAUUUCUUAUAUAGGAUUUCUAAAACUCCAGCAACCCUGACCAGAGCCCAAUGAACAGAUUUCAAAUCAAACAUCAAACACAGAGUCUUCACUUUUAUGAUCUUCAUUCUGAGAUUAAACUUUAUCCUGUCUGAAGUGUCACAUUUCCUGGCUAGGUGUUUCUGCUAGGCAGGAGGUAAUGCAUACUGUUAUUAACAGCUCACCUCUGAGGUUGUACUUGAAUGAAAAUAUAUGCACAGUCCGGGAUGUAUGAGUUAAUGCCUGACAGAGGCUCCUGUGUUUCACUUGGGUGAGUUAUGGCAGCUCUGUGUAAUGCUGGUCCUUAUUUAGAUGGACUUGGAUUUUUACCAAUGCAGAAGAAUGGCAGGGAUUAACUCAUAUUGUACCCAUACAACAAAACGCACACAUAAAUAAAGGCAUCUUAGAUAUGAUUGUUUUAUGCUGUUGAUGUGAAAGAACAUUAAAAAUGUAAUUUAUGGGGUGGUUUGAAUAUUUUUGUAAUGCAUUCAAAAUUUUGCCAUGUUUGCUGAAUGGAAUAAAAUUCAAAACAA